AUGACGGACCAAGCUCCGCUAGGUCCUGCAGGCAUACCAGUCCCGGACGACGGAGCGAGCAACCUGAGCAUGUCCUUUGAUGGUAAUGCUCCAGGUGAGGACGCCGCUCCCCGGGAGGGUGAGCUCCCGUUGACCACAACCGCACUAAGGCUACACGACCAUAGGCUCUUUCAGAAGGGUGCAGUUUCCGAGGCCGGUGUCACCACCGGUGCCUCGAGCCGUCAGACUGCGUCCGCGCCUUGGCAGGUUGUGUCCCCUAGUGCUAGACAACCACCGGCCAGCCUUCCGAUAGCAGCCGGAGGAAGCUCAUCCCAAGAUAUUAGUCCGUCAGCCCAGAGUCUUUUCCAACCGACCUCCUCGACUAUGAACAGUUUGACAAUCGGCGAUCAGCGAAUCCUGCAGAAUCAAGCAAACAUUAGCAAUGUGUUUGUUCAGAACGACAGGUCGCCGUUACUCGAGCAGAUAGCUGAACAUCGCCACAAUCAGAUCAUUGGUCAGCUCGCAAACAAUUUUCAGGAGCAACUCCAAGCAAUGGGUAUGAAUGUCAUGUCGGGAGUGUCACAACUCAGAGUUGAACUUGCUCAGGCCGAAACCAGAUUAGGUAGUGAGGAGACACAGGCCAGACAGAGAUUGGCAACAGGUCAGUCGCAGCUUGACUCGCAGGCCAAUGAGAUCAACGUGGCACGAGGUGAAGCUCAAGCUUUGGCCCAAAGACUAAGCGCUGCUGAGAGCCACGCUGACGCUACCUACGCUAGGUUGCGUGAUCAACUUCACCAAGCGGAAGCUAAGGCCGUCAGCAACGCGGAUCUCCUCAAUGCUGAAAUGGACAGUGCCCGUGUCGCCGCUGCUCAGGCAACACAUGCAGUUCAGGCGACAUCUGAGGUUGAGAUUUCACGCUUGACUGCUGAAGUUAGGGAUUUCAGGGUGAUGAUGAGUCACGAGUCAGAGAAGAGAAAGAUGGCUGAAAAGGAGAAUGCUGAACUGAAAUCGCAGCUAAACCAGGCCAUCGCGGCUCUGCAGGCUCAUGCAAGCGCAACGGGGUCCGCCCCAUCUGCGCCACCGGGUCUGAUCCCUACCUAUCCCAUCAAUACUCCGCCUCAGGACGCCAAAGGGUCAAGGCCCCGACGCCACCCUGACGGGGGAGGCCCUGAUGGAGAUGAUGACGGCAGCGAUGAUGAUGACUCGAGCAGCAGUCAUAAGAAGAAAAAGAGCAAGAAGAAAGACAAGAAAAACAAGAAGAGGGAUUCCAGUUCCUCUUCUGAUCUCUCGCCCAAGCAGCUCAAGGCAAUCAUCAAGCAACUUGCCAAAGGAAAGACUAACGAGAAGGAGGAAGUUGAUGAGGAUGUAAACAAGACCAAAUCCAAGGAGGCCGAGAAGAUCCUGUUCCCCAAGUUCCCGACACCUGAACAGUACAGGAACUGGCGAAUUAGGGUUCGUGAAGCUGUAGUUGCAGCGUCCAAUAAGCCGGAUGAAGCUUUUGAAUGGCUUUCGAAGGUAUGGGACAAGGACUCUAAGGAAGAAGAGUUAAGGGACACAGGUGGCUUCUCUACUCUCGAUGCCAAGGUCUUGUCGGCAGUGACAAAUGUCCUUGAAGGUGACUUCGCGCGCCAAAUGGACACCCUCAAGGAGAGGGAGGCUCACGCCGGGAGGCUAGUGAGGGGUAGACAAAUCCUGUUUCUCCUUCAUCAGCACUUUGCUACAAACAUCCUACACAAUUCCGUGUAUGACAUGGAAGACCUCCUUUCAGUGACAUUGGUAAACGAAAACCUUGUGAUGUUCGUUAGGAACUGGGAUACGGUGCUUUCAGGCAUUCAGACCACCCCUGAAGACAAGGUUCUCGAACCGCUCUUUCAUAGGCAGGUAAAGAAAUGCAAAGCACUUCAGCACGAUAUUGCCAUCUAUGAAAGGGCUGCCGAAGGCUCCAGUGAAAGAUCGUUUAAAUUUCUCUACGACGCCGCCAAUAGCCACUUGAAUCGAAAAAGGCUCGAGAGGAACCGGGAGCGGAUUGCCAAGCAAACUGGAGCUCCUGCUGUUCCUACUGCGCCUGCACCCAAGAAAGUACCCAAAGGGUUUUGCAUCUCUUUUGUCAAGAACGGCAGUUGCAAGAAUGGUGGCAGUUGUAAAUACAAGCACCAGACGCCCAGCGGACGUGGCAGAUCGCAGUCACCCGGCGGAGGCCGAGGGAGAAGUCCUUCAAGACCCAACUCCCCGUCAGGAAAGCCUCGAGUGUGCAAGUUCUACAAACAAGGUCGUUGCGACCGUGGAGAGAAUUGCAAAUUCAUGCACACCGGAAAGCCAGGUGCCGCUGCUACACCCGACGGAAGUCAGAAGGGAUCUGCGCGCCCUGACAAGAGCAAGGACAAGAAGAAGAAGAAGGAACGCAAGGGCUCCAGGGCUAGCUCCAAGGGUUCUAAGGGAAGCAAGGGUUCGAAAGGAUCACAUGGCUCCGGGAACUCGAAGGGCUCAGCUCGAAGGAGGAGUGGCGGACCUUCUCUCCCUUCAGCAGUUUGCCUUCUAGGAGCAAUGAUGGCCGGCACGGCUUCCCAAGCCGACGCUUUUACUCUCCGGAAGGAUGAGUCGUACUGGCCCCCUCAGUGUUCCACUGACAUGCGUUUGGCGCUACCAGCAGUGUCUUUUGACAACAGCCCAAUGUACAUCAACUUCCCACUCAGAGAUGGAGAGCUUAAGUUCCCUGUUGAGAAUCCUCAGCGCAGGUAUGACAAGAAGUGGUCUGUUGACUACAUUCCCAAGCCAGACAAUCAAUCCACCAGAGAUGCACUUAUGGCCGCUCGCAUGUUGAGAGCUACGGUCAAAGACAGUCUGGAGGACAAACCAAGCCGUUGCAAUUACUGUUGCGAUACGGAGUUUGGUUGCAACUAUUGCAUUCCAAAAGGGUUGAGAGUGUCUUGUCCCGCUAAGGUUCAACUAUCAUCAGAAUCGCCACCCAUCGAAUGGAUUGGUGACACAGGGAGUGCUCAGGAUCUCAUCUCAGAGCGGGAGCUUGUGAAUCUGCAUCCGUACGAAUCGGACUGCCCAAUCAACAUUUGCACUGCGAAUGGACCGAGUUACGCAGGCACGCAAUGUGAUGUAGGGAUACCAUCCCUCAACAGCAUAGCCAAGCCUUAUGUUCUCCCCGACACUCCCAAUGUUCUUUCAGUAGGACAGAGAUGCAUGGAUCUGGGUUACGACUUCAUUUGGAAAGGAUUUCAGAGACCCUAUUUCAGGAGUCCGGGAGGUGACAAGGUUUUCCUUGAUGUGAAGGAUAACGUUCCGUACUUGAAGUCUUGGAAGGAGGGUAUCGCUUGUCCUGCCCAUUCAAGACACGAGUCUACUCGGAUCGAUACGGAUGAUGCUGUUGAGACCAUCACCAACCCUGAACAGAUUGCCGCGCAACUUAUCCAGGAGCAGGAUUUCUCCCAUCAGGCAUGCUUGCGAUUGCUGAAGGACUCAAACUUUAAGCAAUCUAGGUUCAACAGGAAAGCCAUCAAACCGAAGGACAGUAAGGACUCGAAGUACAUGAUUUUCGGGGCUUUUUCACAUGGGGGGAUGCAAGGGAUAACCAAUCGCACUCAUUCCUACCCCAAGGUGAUUAAGUACCUUCUGUCCUAUCUUAAACAUCAUGGAGCGGAUGGCCCAAUAACAUCGAUUGCUGUCAAUCAGAACUCAGGCGUUAAAAUGCACAAGGAUGUCAACAAUCACCGUGAACACCUCAACUACACCAUUGCAGUCGGCGAUUUCACCGGAGGCGAAUUGUGGAUUCACGAUGACACCAUCCGGAAGGAUGAGCCAGGUUGCAUCAACAAGAUCGCCCCCACUGGUGCCAAACUGGGAGGUCGUUUGCACAGGUCGAAGUCGAAGAUCAUUUCCUUCGAUCCAAAGACUUUCCAUUGCGUCACUCCCUGGAAGGGCGAGCGUUGGAGCAUCACGGGAUACGUCAAUCGCGCUGUGCACAGGCUGGAUUCGCAUCAGCUAGAGAAGCUUAAGUCACUGGGGUUCUUGCUGCCGAAACAGAAGAACUUCCCUCCAGCAGUGCCUGCGGAAAUCGAUGAGGAGAUGACUCUUUACGAGUUAGCUACUAUGGAUCCUCCAGCUCCGGCCCCAGAACCGAAAAGCAAGCCUAAAGUGAAGUUGAAAAAAAAGCCUGAGGAACCCUCAGACAAGAAGAAGAUUGCCAAAGAAGCCUCCAAAGCCGAACCACCUUCGGAUGAACCAGAUUGGUCAAAAGUCGAGGGGUUAUUGAAGGAAGCUGUUGCCCCCAUCCCUUCAUCUCCGGAUGAAGAGUUCCUUGAUAAAACGGAACUGAUCAGCCGAGCGUCCUCCCUCCUCCUCCGGAAGGAGAGAGGCAUGCUCCAGAUGGGGAUCCUGGUGAGGGUAGUGGUGGGGAAGGCAAGAGGUCGAGGCGCAUUGAGAAUUUGA